UCCGUUAUUACGAGUAAUAUUUUUCAUUACGUUCAUGGUAACUUUCAAAAUAGCUUAGUCUUUCAGUAUAUUGAUCGUGCUAACUUAGCUAUUGUUCUGUAGAUUACUGGUAUGAAACCCGGCAUUAAAGGUCGGCCAUAGUAAGAAAACAGAAGUUAUUUGUGUAGUAUCGUUGGGUUAUAUAGGGUUUAAGUGUUAUGCCAUUUGUUAGUGUAGGAAACGUCUGCUUUGAAAGACAGCACAGUUGACAGUAGCGUUAAUACUAACGAGUGGGAAAAUCUACAGUUUAAAUAUCCAGAGGAAAUACUCACUCCUACACGGUAAUGUAAUGUUGGUUAUGACUGCAGAGGGAUUUAAACCAGGCCGGUGAAGACACCUGGGAUUAUACAUAGUGCUACCAUCUAGUAAUAUUGAGCCUUAUUACUCGCUGUGAAGUAUGUGUUUUAUUUGAAUACAAAGCUGAACUGCUGUGAUUCCAUUACAUCUGUGACCAUUUGAUGACUUCCGUGUUUUAUUUGACGUCUCCCUGGUAUGUUUCUGAAGAGGAGUCUGGGUAAUGGGGAUUAGUAUGAGGACUUUUGUACAUAUUUACUAUGGCAACACAUCAGACCGUACCUUCUCCAGAUUCUCCGCAUAUGACGUCACCAGUUGCUUUCGUGCAGCCGCGACACAAGGAUAAGGGAUCAUACGUACAAAGAUUGAAGGUGUUGCGUGAACGAAAUCGAAACUUACCUAAACUUGACUUCAAUGUCAAUAAAUCUGCUACCAAGAGGCCGCAGAAGAAUGCUGUUGUCGGCAUAGCACGGUCUCUGACAAUGGAAAGUAUGAAACUACCAUCAAUAUCAACGUCUAGUGUCAUCACCACGGCAACCAAUGGGACGACAGGGGGCGCUAGCAUCAAAACUACUGGAAGUGGCUCAAAGAAAGUCAACAUACAAGUGCUGAUUCACUUUGCCAGAUGGCGGUGCGGUCAACUGGACUCGGAUAAAGGGUAUCGAGAAUCACAAUUGAACGCCGCGUUAUCGAAGUCUCUUCCGAACAUAGCGACGUCGGUACCACAGGACACUAAAGCGAGUGUAGCGGCGGCAACCAAACACAGAUUCGAAAAAUUCGCUCAUACGAAAAAACUGAGCCGACGGACUGACGAAAUAGAGAAAGAGGAUGACGGCCAACACCUCGAACAGUCGGGUGUCUGAACACCACUUGCUCCUCCUAACUGCACAGAUACACCACCCCUGUCACAGAACCACACCUAAUAGUCCUAUCAACAUGAAGUGGGCAAGAAUCCUGAUUUUUUUCUAAGAUGCAAUCCAGCCUCAUCAGCAGUAUGACGUCAGCAGCAGCAACGCCCACAAAGACAAAAGUAAUUGAAAAGCUCUUUUGGAGUAUCUAUCAUGUGGAAUUUGUGUACAGUAGCUUCACUUGUAAUGCAAACGAGUGUUCAAAAUGUUCUUUGUAGACGUAAAAGAUUUAUUGAAAAUGUAACAUGAUUGUAUUAUAUAGUUCGAUGUUAUUAAGACUGUAUAUCUCUAGAUGCAAAGUUUAUUGCUAGGUUUGAAAACAUAAGCGGCAACGAACUCCAUUUGCUUUAUUCUUUUUCGAUAUCUUUUCUCGAGCAAAUCUAUCAUGUACAAUGUAACUUAUUUAUAUGGAUAUAAUAAAUACUGCCU